AUGCUGAGGAGACGGCGGGUCUUCGCCGUGGAGCCGCUCUGGAGCCGAGAAGGGAUGGAAAAGGGGCUUCCAUUGGUUGCCACAGCCCAGGCCCCACACUGGGGUCAGCACAAUGCCAUGCCCGACGCCUACCAUGGCAUGCGCUUGACCACAGCCAGCUCCUAUGUUUCACACGUGCAGAGAGACCCCUCUUUAACCCUCCCGGGCCAGGGCCUGCGCUACCUGGAGCACGUCUGCCUGAUGCUGGAGAAGAUUGCCCAACUGCAGCGGGCCAACCUGCAGCUCCAGCAGCAGCAGAAGGUGAUGGAGAGCCGGCUGUGGGGCCAGCAGGCUGAGAACGCGGUGCCCUCUGAGGAGAGGCCAUGCAGAGCCCCAGAAGAGCGGGGGCUGUCCCAGCCGGAGCCUGAGAACAGGGCGGAGGUGGAAAUGAAGGAGGAGGAUUUGCCUCUGGACUCUUGGAGGCCCCACCACUUCAGGGCGCGCUCGGCCUCAGACACCGGGGUGCUCCAGGACCUGACCAGGAGCUCAGAGAAUGAGCCAGUCUGCUCCAGGAAGCCGGCAAUGCACUGCGUCAGCUCACCCACCCUGCUGGAUCAGCCGGAUUGGGGAGCCCAUACCCUACCGCCAAACAUGAGACCCAGGAACGACCGCUCACACUGGGGGAGAGUCAAAGUGCUGAUCAACAGGAUCACCAGGAAAUCCACCCGGGCCAGCGAGCCGUCCCCGUUCGGGGAGUCUGCCGUCGACAGCAGACAGUGUAGUCUGGAGGCUUCACUGGAGAAACAAGGCUCCCACCCCAGGAGGAGCUUCCUGCCAGCGCUGGGGGUGAAGAAACACCGCUCGAAAACCCUCUCUGUGCGCUGAGCGCCCCGAGGCUGCGGGAGCCUCUUGGAGACCUGAAGGAUUUAAAGCUGCUGAGCCUUCCCUGCCAUGAGCCGGGGAGCAGUACACACACUCCACGAAGGGUCCCCUUCAUCCCACUGCCCCCUCAACGCUGGUUCGGAUUGCCCAGUCUCGCCUGCUUCGAUGAGGUUGACGGGAUUUCUGGCCCUUCCUUGGAAAAAGGAGGCAGCAAGGGGCGGGUGUUGCUCUGUCGUCUGUUCCUGUGGAGCUGUGGCAUUGAAGCCAAGCAGCUGUGGAUCAAGCCUGCUUAGACAUAUGAACGCUGGGGUGCACGCUCUCCCUACUAACCCCUCGCGGUGGGCAUGCAUAGGAGGCACGUUCCUCCAUUGAGGCAGGUCCUCAAGGAACCUGGUUUAGACCCAGCAGUCUCUGGUGUCUGUUUCCAUCCACUCUCCCCGUCCCACACACACCCUUGCCCAGCAUCUCCCCCUGGGUAUGUCUGUCUUCAGCAGGCUGGUUCUGAAAUCUUGCUACUUCCUUGCUUGCAGUGUGCUGCUGCAGAAGCUAGGAGGUGCUCUCACUGCUAGCUGACUCUCUCCCACCACCUUCCUCCUCCUGUGACUGCAGGCAGCUCCAAGGCUGCUCUUGGUAUCAGGGUCUCAACGGUGGGUAACAAGGAGCAUUGACCACUGGGCCGCUCUCCUGCGGACCUUAACUGAACUACGGGGCUGACCUGUGUGCCACCGAAAGUCUCCCUCCCUCCUAAGGGGAUGUCCAUCCACACUCCCAUUCUGUUCAGACCCCUGUCUAGGCUGGGAUUCCAGCUCUGGGGGUCUCUGCACAGCAGUGAGAAAUCCCCGGCAUUGUCGAAUGCGAACUAACUCACCUGACAGCUUAGUCCACCACUACUAGCCCCUGGUCAUUUUGUAAAUGCGCCAGUGUAUUUGUAUGUAAUGUAUUUAUAUGGCCUCAUGGAGAGAGGUGCUUAUGGAGGCUGAUGGAUUCUUAGACAC